CGCAGAGGAAGGAGUGGACUCAAAGGAGUGGCUCAAGACACCCAAGAGGUAUGCCGGGAGAUGUACACAACGAAAUGGAUACAAUGAUCAUGAUGGAUUUGUCUGUCUGUGUGUGAGUGAUUUUUCCAUCCCUGCGCGUCGCUCUCUGUCUGUCUGCUCUCCGCUGAGAUGAUGGACGAGCCGCCAUCUCCCACUGGCACUGCCUCGUCAGCUGCCGUCACUCUCGUGACUAUCGAGAUGAUGCAGACGCAGAUUGAGGACCAGCAGAGGCAGAUUGACCAGAUCAGACAGCAGCGAGACCAUUAUGAGGCCGAGAGGGACGGGUGGAAGCGACUGUGCGAGCAGGCUGAGGGCGAAUGCAGGAAUUGGAGGCGCCGCUGUGAGGAGGUACCCAGAACUAACCCAGCCAGUCAGCCAGCCAGCCAGCCAUCCAACCAAGAAAGAAUGUGUUCUCUUUGUCUGUGUACGUGCAGGCCGAGGCCCAACGUGACAUUGCAAGGGAGCAGCUGCGAGCGGAAGUUGCUGCCGCCCAGGCCCGAUGCGAUGACUGGAGGCGCCGAUGCGAGCAGGUAGACGAACACACGCCGGGCAGCAACACAGCAGUGCACGUGCUGUAUCGUCACUCAUGCAGGCAGAGGCACAACGCACGAUUGUUCGGGGACCUGAGACGAAUAGCAUUACAGUGCACAGGGGCAUGUCCUUUGAGGGUGGCGUCUAUCACGGGCAGCUGAUGGGUGGGCAGCCCCACGGCAGCGGCACGCUCUGCACACAAAUCGGCCGUGUCAUCUACAGCGGUGACUGGCAGCACGGCAAGCGGCACGGCCAGGGGAAGGCAUACUAUGACAUCGGUUAUGGUCCUGUGUUGUGGUUCGAUGGCGAGUGGCGGGACGGCCUGGCCCACAGCGGCACCCUCUUCCCUGACGGCGACUGGAGUGGAGUGAAGAAGGCUGACGGCAGCCCUCUGUAUCCCAUCACGCCCAUCCAAUGGCAGGCCGGACACAAGCUACCGAGCACCGACCUUGUGGGGGGAUAUAAACUGCAUAAGUGGCUGCAGUAUCGGGGUGUGUCGGGAUAUUUCCCUGCUGGUGCACUGGGAGAGUGAGUGUGUCUCUCGUGGCUGGCUGACUGGCUGUGUGGCUGUGUGUCUGGAGGUUUGUAUGUAGUGUGUGUGUCAUAUGACACAUACACACACAUCCGUAGACAUAUGACACACACAAACGUAGUCCCUUUGUCUGGGAAUACGUGUGCUUGCGCUGCUUCUUGCCAUUUUCUCGUGUGUGGCUCUCUUUGUGCAUUCACAUCUCCGUCUGCGGCGCAUCAAGGAGCUAGAGGCACACUUAGCACCACCUCUCAAGUGUGUGUGUGAUGGUCCCCAUACAGAUCAGCAGCACAGGCAGCAAGCAAUAGUGUCAGAACUCGGUGCACACGUCGACUCCCCGGCGAUGUCUUGUCUGUGCUGACUGACCCCUUCACAUAUCCCGUCAGAAGUGUCAAAAGCUCGUGAGACGCGCACACACCACACCAC